AUGGCCUGGAUGAAGGCUUAUCCAAAGGCCCAUGCCCCAUUCUACUUCUUCAUUCUGGUCAAUUUUAUCAUUUCAAGGCUGCGAUCGAGUUCAGAAACAGACCGUCGCCUAUGCCAGAUGCUAGCCUUCAAAGCGCUUGCUGGGGCUGCUAGUGAUACAGAAGAUAAGAUCGGCAAAAUUAACACAGGUCGGGUAAUCACAACACAAGAAGAUCUUCUACUCCUUUUACGGGUUUACAAAGAUCAAGGCAAGUACCAAGAAGCUUUAGAUAUACUUGAGGAUCCGCAAAGGGGUUUCGCCUCCUCAAUUGGCAAAAGUUCAUGGGAAUUGGUACUAGAAAUGCUGGAUUUUCAGGGUCUAUGCAACAAGUGGGAAUCUCAAUGGUGCAAUUGUUUAGACAUCCUAAAGGGAAGCCGGCCUUCCAAAUUUAGAUCCCAAGAAUCCAAAUUACAAUUCUCGUUUGGCGAAAGAGGAGACGAUUGGAAGAUCUGGAAAACAUUCAUCACUGCCACUAGUAAAUUAACGACUGAUCAGCCAGAUAUAUUGAACAAGGUGGAAGACUUUAUUAUUCGAUUCUCAGAUCCCAAGUCUCGAAAUGCAUCAUUAGCCUCCAUGCUACUCCAAUGCCGCUCAGCCAAACACGUUAAUAUCAUCAUAUCACAGAUCAAUUUGUUAAAAACGAAUUACUAUCUUUUACUAAUACGGAGCAGCCCCCAACAUCGGCUGGAUCUAGCUGCACCCUUCAUAGCUACUUGCCUAAAACUCUACAAGGCUUCUACAUUACUAAACCUACAGCUCCCUCAAAGUGAUCGCAGCCCGGCUGACGAUGUCCUCGUUCUCGCUGCCAUGGUUUUGAUUCAAAUAUAUCGUCAGGGCCAAAAAAAUGCCGUUUUGAAAAGCAUUGUAAUUCUAGAGCACCUUCUGUCUCAAUCAAGACAUAACUACGAAGCUCUUUUAAUCCUUGUGCAGCUCUAUGCGUACUUGGGCCUCGGAUCUUUAGCCUUGGAUCGAUACUCCCGGCUCUCCAUCAAGAAUAUCCAGCAUGCGUCAAUGUCAUGGGCUUUGUUCACUCGCUUGUCUACCAUUCAUCCACAGUCGGUCCGGGCGUCCCAUAACAGUCACCACUCAACAAUCGACAACCCUACGGUGGAGCUGAAUCAAGCGCUCAAAUGGCAUCGCGGAUCAACAUUGUUGACAGACAAAUCACUAGCCCUCACGUUGGAUAACCGACAGUAUCGUCUAAUACUCGGACUCCUAGAAGCCCAAGAAACUAUCCAGAAUGGUAUGAGCAAAGCAAUAUUGCAAGUUGAAAGUAACCGACUUGACCAUUUGAAUGGCCACGGAGACAAAUCGAAGAAUCAUCCAAUAUUUGAACCCUUACAGCUACGUGAUAAUCGAGACAAAUCUGCAUUUCCGAAUUACCAGCCCUCAAAUCAGCCAAGCUUCCAAGAGAUUUUGCCAACUGCAGCACCUAAAAAGGAAAACGAAAUGGCAUGGCUAGCUCAGGAGGUAGAUCUGACGGACCUUUGGGAUCAACUAGGAGAAGAGGACUUGGAUUCAAUCAAUGUUUCGCGAAGUGAUCAGCCAAAUAAUAAUUGCGCUAAACAAGGAGCGGGACUCACACCCUCCGAAUCACGUGCUCGAAUCAUAUUUCGGCUCAUCCAAGAUAUAAUUGCGGUGUCGAACAGGCCAUCGGGUAAAGCUGGAGAUGAUGAAGAACUUCUCAAGCAAAUAAGUCUUCUUAGACAAAGGCUUUACCAAUAUGUGAAAGACCCAAAAGGGAUCUUGGCUGAGACCGGCCUUGGGUUUGGGUGUUUGCGAUUCUCUGAAGGCCGCUAUCUACCCCUUUGGUAUGCCUUUCAUGGCUGCUUCAUACGGAUUGAGGUGACCCUAUUUGUCUCAAGGUGUAUGAAGUGUGUGGCGCCUCGAAUCGCUCAAGUAGAAUCUUCCAAAAGAGCAACUUUCACCGAGCAAGUAAAUGCUGUUGAAGAAGUUUGUGACAGGAUACGAUCCGAGCUGGAAACAAGAGCAGAAAAUGAAAAGGAGUACUUAUCAAGCUCUGGAUUCGGACGCUUUCUUGAGCUGAAUACUAUGGACACAUCUGAUGCCAUUGGUCGAGAGGUUGCCGAGGGGGUCGGAUUGGAGAGGGUGACAGCCAUCUGCUCUAUGGUGCAAGAAAGCUAUGUUGAGGCAUUUGACGGUGUGGCCAGAACGACAAGUAGAUGA